GAGCAUAAAGGAAAGUCAGGAAGUGUUGCGGCUCUUCCGUGUGACGUCACGCUCUGCGUCACGGGAAGCCAGUCUGAUCCCGGAAGUAAAGAUGGCGACUGCCUACGAGAGGUUUAACCUGCACGUGACCCCUGAUAAGUUUUACAUCGAGGCCUGUGACGAUGGAGCUAAUGACGUGCUGGUCAUCGACAGGGCUUCCACAGAGAUGACGCUCACAGGUUUGAAAAACAUCCCUCCAUCAGGAGUCACCAAACCCAUCUGCGGCAUCAUGGGAACGAUUCGCCUCGUGGCCGGGAUGUACCUCAUCGUCAUCAUCAGGAAGAAGAAAGUGGGUGACCUGUUCGGCCACGCCGUGUGGAAGGCCGUGGAGUUCGACCUCAUACCCUACAAGAAGACCAUUUUGCACCUCACAGAGAACCAGAUGCAGGACAACAAGACGUUCCUGUCCAUGAUCAACAACGUCCUGAGUACGGACGGCUUCUACUUCUGCACCAACUACGACCUGACGCACACUCAGCAGCGCCUCGCCAACACCUCCCCCGACUUCCAGGAGAUGAGCCUGAUCGAGAGAGCUGAUCAGAGGUUCGUGUGGAACGGAAACCUGCUGAGAGACUUUACAGCACAGCCAGAGCUCCACAAGUUCACCUUUCCUGUCAUCCAUGGCUUCAUUGUGAUGAAGCCGUGCUGCAUUAACGGAAAGAUAUUCGAAUGGAUCCUCAUCUCCAGAAGAAGCUGCUUCCGAGCCGGCGUCCGCUAUUACGUCCGAGGGAUCGACUCAGAAGGACACGCUGCUAACUUCGUUGAAACGGAGCAGCUAGUGCUGUACAAUAACAGCAGAGCUUCCUUUGUGCAGACUCGAGGCUCCAUGCCUUUCUUCUGGUCCCAGAGACCCAACCUGAAGUACAAGCCCAAGCCGCAGAUCAGCAACUCCACCAAUCACCUCGAUGGUUUCCAGAGACAUUUUGACUCACAGGUCAUCAUUUACGGGAAGCAAGUGAUACUGAAUUUGGUCAAUCAGAAGGGUUCAGAGUUGCCACUCGAGCAGGCCUUUGCCAAAUUGGCGAACAACAUGGAUAACGGCACCAUCAAGUACAUAGCCUUUGACUUCCAUAAAGAGUGCAGUAAGAUGAGAUGGCACCGCCUGCAGAUCUUGGUGGACGCCGUGGCUGAGAUGCAGGAUGAAUUUGGGUACUUCAUGCUGAACACUGACGGGAAGGUGGUGAUGGAGCAGAGCGGAACUUUCCGAAGUAACUGCAUGGACUGCCUGGAUCGUACCAAUGUCAUUCAGAGCCUUUUGGCCAGGCGUUCCCUGCAGAGCCAGCUUCAAAGGAUGGGAGUUCUUCAUGCCGGCCAGAAGAUUGAAGAGCAAGCUGAUUUUGAGAAGAUCUACAAGAACGCCUGGGCUGACAAUGCUAACGCAUGUGCUAAACAGUACGCAGGCACUGGAGCACUAAAGACCGACUUCACCAGGACUGGGAAAAGGACACACUGGGGUUUAGUGAUGGACGGCUGGAAUUCUAUGAUUCGUUAUUACAAGAACAACUUCUCAGACGGCUUCAGACAAGACUCUAUUGACCUCUUCCUUGGCAAUUAUACGGUGGAUGAAUCCGAGAGCCAGACACCACUGCAAGUGCAGAAAGACUGGAAAUUCCUUACGUUACCCAUGAUCAUGCUGGUGGCCUUUUCCAUGUGCAUCCUGUGCUUGCUUAUGGCUGGUGAGACAUGGACAGAGACUCUGGCGUACCUGCUGUUCUGGGGGAUGGCCGGAGUUCUGACAGCUGUCGUCAUCCUCUUUAACGGGAAGGACUUUGUCGAUGCACCCAAGCUGGUCCAGAAAGAGAAGAUGGACUGAACGUAGACUUGCACUCUUUUUCUUUCUCUCUUUCUUCUACCCUCCUUAUCUUUCUGGAGUCUGUACUGAUCUGCUCUUGUCCUGUAUGUAGAGUCUGUCUCUUUCAUUACAGGAAGUAACCUCAUGAACCAUUUGGGAUAGGGUCCAAUGAUAUUUACACUUGGCGCUUCCGUAGUAGUGGUAAAAAAUAAAAAUCUCAGGUCCGAAAAAAUCUGAGUUAAAAAAAUAUAUUAAUAGCCAAUUAAUAACAAAAAAAAAAACUAAAACUUUGACUAAUAAUUGGGUCUGGAGUUUAUGUGUUACUAUUUAUUUAGUUUAAUCGGAUUUGAAGGUAAUUUGAAAAAUAAGCUAAAUUGUAUGUAACCAACAUAAAAAGUUUUUUAAAGCUUAAGUUUUCAGUAAUAUACAAGUAUGUCCAGCACCAUAGCCGAAAGAAAAAAAAAUCCAUAUAUUCUCAUGACUAGACAUAUUUGCAGUAAGGUAUUCCUGUUCAGAUACAUCAUGAUCUAUGUAAAAAUAUAUUAACCUUAUAAUGGGGCAACACCGUGGCAUUAUGUUUAGCAUUGCGGCCUCGCACCUCCAGGGUCGGGGGUUCUCGUCCCACCUUGCUCCUGUCUGUGUAUGGAGUUUGCAUGUUCUCCCCAUGCUUGGUGGGUUUCCUCCCACAGUCCAAAGACAUGCAGAUUCCCAAAUUGCCCCAUCCAGGGUGUACCCCGCCUCGUGCCCGAAGUUUCCUGGGAUUGGCUCCAAGCUUUCUGCAGUAUAAGCGGUAUAGAAGAAUGAAUAAAUGAAUGAAUGAAUGAAUGAAUCCUAUAAUGGUGGACUUAUGUGACAGCCUGUAUAUUGAAAAACGAUUCCAAAUGCAUCAACAAAAAUCAGUGUAGCAUCACUAUAAAGGAGAACAUAUCUUACAGUUCACUUACAUUCAAAGUUCUUUUGAUUGGCAUCCUGCUACCUGGAUAUAUAAUGUUGCAGAACUUAACAACAACAAUAAAUCAUGUGUAAUCGAUGAUUGUUCUAUACAUACUCUCUCAGAAGCAAGGAUACCGAACUGUACAUUUUCUUGCCUUUGGAGUGAUACUGUCAAGAGUUGACUCAACAGCUGCUUUAUUGAGAACAUCUGUAUCCCCUGCUCAAUCCUUAGUGAAGACUUUUUCUUCACUUUUUUGACUUAAACUAUCAUCAUAUUUUUUUUUGCCAACUGUACCCUUUAGAUUCCUAACUGUGGAACCACAUGUCUAUUCUGCGGUUCAGCACUUACAGUUCAGUGCUUUUGAGAUGCUUUUUCGCUCACCACAGUUGUAAAGAGUGGUUGUUUGAUUUAGUGUAGCAAAAUUCCUGUCAGUUUAAACCUGUCUUCCUUAAUUUCUUCUUCUUUUUUAUGUUGUUUCAAUCCAUUCUGUAUAAACGAUAGAGACUGCUACGCGGCAGUUUCUGAUAAACUCUUCCUUUAACGAAUUCGAACAAUGAAAAAUAGCUGAAUCAGAUUUUUAGUGCUGCUUCCUCACGAUUGGAGAUUUCCAUGAAUCAGCAAGAAUCAGGAUGUUCCUAAUAAAAUGCCAUGUUAAAGUACAGUAUGCUUUAACUUGGAACAUGUACAGUAAGUGGUGUAUUUUACUGCUACAAUCAAGCAAGAACAACAGACUAGCACCUUUAUUUCUUUGUCUGCACAAACCCUCCUUUAUCUUUUGUACCUUUUAUUAUGUAACUGGAUUAAGUGGAAACAUACAGCUUUCAUGGUCCCUAAAUAGAUAUUAAAGCUACAACAGGUGUACACUUGACAGUACAGUACCACAGCAGCAAGGACAGGUACAGUUGAGUCCUCUUAAGGUGUAAAACUGGCAAGGUUUCUAUCUCUAAUUAUGUAAAAUACUCCAUAACGGUCAUAGUUCACACAUUCCUUCUUUACUUUCCAUUUCUUUACUUACGUCAUUAACAUUUUAUUCAGUGCUGUUUGUAGUUUCUCAGCACCUUACUGAAAAAGAAAAAAGAAACACUAAUAUUUGAUGAGCACAUGAGCACAUUCCCUAUUAACGGUUGAAGUGGUAUCCUUCGAUUUAACAUGCUUUUACAGAACUCAAUUUUGGGUCCUGAGGCUGAUGGUGAGAUUUUAUCAUGUUACAUGGUUGUGUUUUUGUGUGCUUCGAUACGCUUCCUGUGGGAAAACUUCCAUCUUUUUUUUUUUCCAUAAGGACACUGAAAAUGAAUGUAUUUUUAAUAAAUCUAGCUUAUUUAGGAUUUUCAAAUUUAAUUUGGUGUAAUUAAUGAACGGGAUACAGACUCACUGAUUGGUUAUAUUGCAAUAUAGCACGCACAGUUAUACUUUUUUAGUUGCAGUAAGAGCAUCUCAACGUGUCGCUCGUAUUCCUCGCUAGAUAAGCUGAGCACAAGAACUCGUCUUUGGUCUGUAAUUUGUAAAUUGUACAUUGCGAUAAUGAACGCAUCAGUUAUAAAUAGGCCAUUGUAACGAUGUACUGUACUGUAUGGGGUCUACGACGAUAGAAUUAGCAAUGAAUUCAUACAGACUGGAUCGCACACACACACUGUUUUAAAUGAUCACGGUAGAUCGAUCCUGGACGACUCUGUUAGACCUGCAGCUAUACAACACACAAAUUAACAUUCCCACUGUAAUGAUUCUGAAUAUAUUGUAAUAUGGUCAUUGUAUUUUUGGACUUCUUACUGUUCUGAAAAUGUAAUGUAGAAUCAUUCCAAGAGGUCAUACGUGCCUCAAUGAUCAACUUUAUAAUAAAAUAUCUGAUUACUGUGUGUGCAAA